AUGGCUAUUGAGCUGCCGCCGUUGUGGUUGCUGUCCGGUGUGAAGAGGCGCGUGCUGUGUGCGUCCGUCUUCCCCUUCCCUCGCUCUUGCACCAAUGCCGAGACGGUUGGUGGCUCGUCCUUUGCCGCCGUGGAUGAGAGCGCGGCCAUCGCUGCCGCAGUGUCGCCACCGUGCGCCGGCACGCUCGUCACGAACGGAGAUCGCGGCUGCGGCUGCGGCUGCGGCUGCGGCUGCGGCGUCUGCCGCUGCGACAUCCCCAGCUGCAAGGAGGAGGAGGAGGAGAAGGAGGGGGGAGCUGCAAACGGCGCCGAGCGCGAGAAGCGGUGUCUGCCCUGCCGCCCACUAGGCCGCCGGCAGGUUGAUGUAUUGGGCGCGCAGAAGGUCCUUGCGUCAGGGGUAUUUGAUGGGCCCUGCUGCAGCUUCAUCCGCCGCAGAGGGGAGGUGGCGAGGAAGCAAGUAGAUAAGAGGAGGAGGGGAGAAAGGCGAAACACUGCGCAGUGA